GUCUACGAGUGGGUUUCAGUUGGUCUGAAACACCUUGAUCAGGCAUGUCGGAAAGCGAGGUUGUUGCAUCCCAACAAAAGCAGCAGUCACAGCAGCAGCAGCAGCAGCAGCACUUUAAUCAGCAGUUUAAUCCCAACCCGAUGGCAAACAUGGUUUGGCAAUAUCCACAACCAGCAAACAUGCACCAGUAUCAAGGUUUUCCCAAUCAGAUGUAUCCGCAAGGUUACAACCCUCAAGGACAAAUGUAUUACUACCCUCCAGGAAUGAUGACAGCAUACGGAUCAGCUUUUAAUGGUCAACAGAUUCCCCCUCAACAGCAGCAGCAGCAGCAGCAGCAGCCUCAACAGCAGCAGAGCGUUCAGAACAACCAGAGCAACAAGUCUCAAGUACAGCAACAGCAGCAGCAGCAGUCGCAGCAGCCUAUCCAGCCAAUGGUUCUAGAUGAUGAUGCAGAUCUCCCUCCUUUGCCUCCAGGACCGCCACCUCCUACUCAACCACCACCUCAGCAUAAUAAUCAACCUCAGACUCCAUUACAGAAUCAGCAACAGAUGUUUAUGUAUUACCAAGCAAAUUAUGGAGGAUGGACUGAUCAAAAUGACAUGUCACAAUUCAAUAAUGGACAACAGCCGAUAAGAUUCAACUCGCCAAACAAAAAAGCUGGUCUAGGUUCAGUACCAUCUGGUAACAGCGGAGCAGCCAAGAAGAAGAGACGAAAGAAUAAAUACGUAACAGCUUCUCAGAUGAACAACAACUCAUUUCAGGGAAAUAACGUAGUUACGACUUUUACUCCGGGAACAGAUAUAAAACCCGACAGUUUACCUCCGUUGCCUCCCAGCGAAGUUAUCGCGCCACUUCCAAAAUCAGCCCCACCAGCGAUAAAGACCCCCGAUGUUCCGGUAGUUCCAGCUCCAAUUGUCUCUUCGUCUUCACCGACGAACGUACAACUUUCUCAAAUGAAUUCGAAAAAAUCCACGGUAGGUAGCAUCAAAUCCUCUAUCAACAGCAACACUACUACCAAAGCAGCUCCGGUAACGGCGUCAAAUCCCAGUCCUGGGGGUGAUUGGCCCGAUAGUUUAAAGAAUUAUGUUAAUCGCUGUUAUGAAAAAUGUAAAACGGCUGUAGACAAGGAUCAGGUUGAGAUCAUUUUAAAGGGUAAAAUAACACGCGCGGCAAAUGACGGUUCGCUUUGGAUUAAGGAUUGGGACAUAGAACCACUACCAAGUAUCCACAGCGAGCGUAUGACAAUGACGAUUAAGGCCAAAAGCCCAAUUGUAAAAGCAUCUAAUAACUCAUUGACUAUUACAAUGAGUAAUAAUUUACGUAGGCCAGGCGGUCUCUCGACGUCACUUGGUGCACGUCUAGGGGCGCGUCUAUCAUCAUCAGGGCAUCGAAGAUCCAAGUCACGCACGCGAUCAAAAUCUAAAUCAAGGUCGCGUUCCCGUAGUAUUAGCCCACCGUCACGUAAAUACCGACGUAGCAGUUCGUCAUCCUCGAGUACCAGUGAUCGUGGUGGUAGUCAUGAUUACAAAUCGUCGUCUUCUUCAAAAUCCUCUAAAAAAACUAAUAAUCGCAACAAGGAUAAUCAUAACGUGAAAAAAUCUAAGAAGAAUAAACAACCUAAGUCACAUUUCUAUUCUGAAUUUGGUUUAGCUACAGGCAAUGCUGAGGAAUUAGGAUCAAAGGAAAAACUACAGCAACGAGCAGCUCGUUUUCAUGAUUCUGUUAGCAGGACCGUUGUUGUUAAAGAUGACACAGCAGACUUUGAUUUCACAGGAUUACAUAUCAUUGGUACAUGCAAAGAUCUUGAGAAACCUUAUCUGCGUCUUACCUCUGCUCCAGCUCCAUCGGCAGUACGACCGGUAAGUGUUCUUCAGUCUUCUCUGGCUCAUGUGAAAAAACGCUGGGUGUCUGAGCAAGACUACAGAUACGCCUGUGACCAACUCAAGUCCAUACGUCAAGAUUUGACUGUACAAGGAAUCAGAGACUCCUUUACAGUUCACGUUUAUGAGACUCACGCCCGCGUUGCACUUGAGCGAGGAGAUCAUGAAGAGUUUAAUCAAUGCCAGACGCAGUUAAGAAUGCUGUACCAAGAUGUUGGUGGUGAUAAUCGGUGUGAAUUUGUAGCUUAUCGUAUUCUCUACUACAUAUUUACCAAAAAUACGCAGGACUUGACUACGAUAUUGGCUGCACUGACAAAAGAUGAUAAGAAAGAUGAGUGUAUUAAACACGCACUUAAAGUACGUUCUGCAUGGUGGCUGGGUAAUUUUCAUGUUUUCUUCAAACUAUAUAAAACUGCUCCGCGUAUGGCGGCAUUCCUUAUGGAUUGGUUCAUUGCUCGUGAGCGUAAAAACGCUCUGAAGACCAUGAUUAAGUCCUAUCGGCAAAAUUUGGCUGUUGAUUUCAUCAUUACGGAAUUGGCGUUUCAAUCUUUGGACAAGUUUUAUGAAUUUGUCAGUGAUUUUGGUCUUAAUUAUGCCGAUUCCGAGCGACAGCUUCUUGAUUGCAAGGCGAGCAGUAGUAGUUUAGGUGGUUGGUAA